AUGCAAGACCACUUUUAUUGUUUAACAAAUUCUUUUAGAAUAUCAAGUAUUAAUUUACUUAUUAAAAGCCUUGACUUUAAUUAUGAUAACACUUAAAUAUGGUCAGAAAUUUUCUUUAUAUUAAUGUUAGCUAUGCAACUAUUAUACCUUUUUUGUUUUAUCCAUCUUUAUUGUAGUUAUAGAGUCAAAGUUUAGAAUAAGUAAUAAAGGAAAUAAUAUAAGUUAUUUAAAUAGAGAGAGUAACAAGUAAUAAUCUCUUUAACAUUAGAAUGAAAUAAAUAGUAUAAUUAACGUGAUUGCAGUUUCUGAAAUUUAUAUAACAUUUGCAACAAAGAUUUUUAAAUAUCUCUUUCAUUAUCCAAUUAUUCAAUUAGCAUUAAGAAAGAUAUUAACACAAUCAAACUAAUGUAAAUAUAUAAUAAAAUCAAUAUAGAUUCUAAUCUAAAUACUUAUUAAAUUUUGAUAUUAAUCAUCACUUAUCUUGUAUUUAUAUUAAAUAUCUUAUUCUAUUUCUUGAAUGAGAGUCAUGAUGUCUAAUUUUCAUUCAAAAAGUUAGAUUAUUUAUCUCGCUUUUAUUCAAAUAAGACAAAAAUAUAAUCUUUAAAAAUAGAAAUACUGAUAAUUUUAGUUUCAAUUUUAGAUAAUUUAGAGAUUAAUAAUAUAGUACUUAUAAUAUUUGAAAUAAUACUACUUAUUAUAAUAUUAACUUUAUCUUAUAGAUAUCCAUAAUAUUAAGAAACAUUAAUUAAUUAAAUUUAAAUAUAAUCUUUUUCACUUUAUUUAUGCAUUAUAUUAUGUAUACUUAUCUUUGCAGAAGGAUUUCAUUAAGAUUGUUCAGAAUUAAUUCUAAUAAUAAUUCCAUUAGUAUUUGAAAUUACUAAUUUAAUUUUUAUAAAAUAAGAGAAUAAAACUUAGACUCUAAGUUAUGAAAAUAAAAAUUUUGAUUAUUUGAUGAUGACUAUUUAUAAUUAAUGUUAAGAAGCAUUAGGAAGAAAUGGAAUAUUAUUAAAUGAAAUUAAAUAUAGAUUACCUAGUAAUUUAAAUCUUUAUGCAUUUUCUACUAAUCAUCUAAUUAAUUGUUAAAAAAUAAAUGGUUGUUUUUGUACUUGUUAUAAAAAACAAAAUGAUCAUUUUAUCACUAGAUAAUAAUUCAAAUAGUAUAUUAAAGAACUUAUAAGAUUUCAUUAUGAAUUAAAAUUAUUAAGUUUGAAUAAAAAUAAUUCUUAAGAAUAUGCAAAAAGUUAAUUUUAUUAUAUCUUAUAUAUAUCAUAAGUUAUUAAGUAACCUACAAAAGCAUUUCAUGAGAUAAUAAAAUUAAAGAAUAAUAUGUAUUCUAGUUUGAAUCUUUUAGAUUAAAUGUAUACAAAUUCAAUUGAAUUACUUGUCAAAAGUGAUUUCUUAAAAAUGAUAGAAAAUAAAAACAUAACUAAUUAAAAAUAUGAUUGUUUUAAAGUAUUUAAUUACAAUAAAUGUGUAAAUUAAUGGAAGGAAUAAUUUAGUUAAGUAUUAUAAAAGUAAAAAUAAUGGUAUGUGACAUUAUUAAAUAGGAAUCUUACAUAACUUAUAAUUGAUGGUAAACACUUGUAAAAUUUAAUUUCAAUAUAAGAAAAAUAACUUAAAUAUAUAUUUAAUACAAAUCCACUUUCUUAAUAAUGUCAUAUUUUAAUUCAUUUAUUUUACAAAUACAUUAAUUUCAAUAAAAGAAGAAUAGAAAUUCCUACAAUAGAUUCCUCUAUAGCCUUUAAAUUUUAAAAUUCUAUAAAUGGAAUUCUAUUUCAUAAAGAGGCUUCUCUAGUUUAUUUAACAUUAUUAGAUACUAAAGGUAUCAUUAAAAAUUACACUAAAACAUUUAGAGAUGCUAUAUGUACUAUAGAUAGUGAAAUAAUGAAUAAUUCAAUUAAUAAUUUUAUUCCAGAUAUUAUAGCAGAAGUACAUGAUUAAUAUUUAGAUAAUUUUGUAGAGAGGGGAAGAAUCAAUAUUAUGAAAUCAGAUAGAAGAUUUCUAUUAGUAAAAAAUAAAUUAGGAUUUAUAUUUCCUAUAAUAGCUAAAGUUAGAUUAGAGACAGAUUUAGGAUGUGAUUUCGGUUCUUCUGCUCUUAUUCUACCAACAUAUCAAAAUUAUCAUUAUAUUAUGUUAAAUAAAUAUGGUUUAGUGGAAGAGAUUAGUGAUAAAUUAUACAAUGAAAUUAUCUUACCUAUUUUAUGUAUUGAUUUAAAAAGUAUUAAAUCUUUGGAUUGUUUAAAACUUAUACCAAAAUUAAUUAAAAGUUGGAAAUAACUAAAUUAAACUAAUGUUUUAGAAUAAGAACUUAAGAAUCCAAUAUAAUCAUAUAUGGUUAUUCCAAAAAAAAGAAAGAAAUAAUAAAUACUUUUAUCAUCUUAAGUAAAAGAGAAAUCAACAAUUUAUGAAUAUUUAAAAUAAUAGGAUUAAAUUAAUUAUAAUUAUUUUGAUAAUUUUAAAUAGAUGUAUAUGUUUAGAAUUACAUUUAAAAUUGUUGAAUUUUACACAUUUUAAGAAACGUAAUUAUAAUAUAUAUUAUAUUUUUAGAAUUUAUUGUAUUGAAAUUUAAACUAUUAAACCUGUUCGUGAAUCAUAAAGAAUCGAAAUAUUUGAGAAAUUAAUAGAAAAAUCAGAUUAUCUAAAUAUGAGUAGAAGAAUAAUUAAAUUAAGUCCAGAUAAAAUUGAAAUCAAAAAGAAAAAAUGUAAGAAGUUGGAAAUAACUAAUUAAAAAGGAUCAUUAGGUUUUAUAUCUUUUUAACCUGAAUAAUAAACUAUUUAUAAUUUGGAAACAUAAAAAUUAAUUGAAGAUGAUUAUAUGAUAAAGUAAAAAGAAAUGUAAAUUCGUUUAACUAAUCCUCUUUAUAUUUUAGAAGUAAAUCUUAAAUUAAUAUAAGAUAGAAGAAUGCUAAAAUUAAAUAAGUCAUCCAAAUAGUCAAGAUAAAAGACUAUAAGAUUAGUAGACAUUUAGGAUGAAAUCUUCAGUAGCACAUAGUUUUGGUGCAUUGAAUCAUUUUUGUAGUAGUAAUUCUAAUGGGAUUAGUUAAGCUUUUGGGUCUGAUUAAAAUAAACUAAUAGUGCAUUCUAGUGCAAUAUUAGAAGCAUUAAAUGAAAAUAAAGAAUCAGUUAAAUCCAAGAAUUCUGAUGAACUAAUAGGAUCAAUUGAUAAUUUUCUAUUUGAUUAAGAUUAAAUGAAAUCUAUAUCUUCAUCAUAAAUUAGUGAUAUAAAAGUCAAGAAAACUUAAUUGAAACAUAAUUUAUUUGAUGAAUAAACAAAAUAGCAUUGGACUAUACGUCUAUUUAAUUUGAUAACAUUUGCUUUACUUAUGAUUUUUAAUAUUUACUAUUAUUAUGUUUUAAAAUAAGAAAAUUAAGUAAAUAUUUAUAUAUAUUUUAUAGAUUAUUGAAUAAGCCUUAGAAACAUACAAAAUAUCAAACAAUUUUUAAGUUUAGAUUAAUAAUUUUAUUCUAGCUUUCAAUUAUUCUAAUAAUAAUAUAUUUAAUUAUACUCUAUACAUGAAAUUUUGUGCUAGUAGAUUUUAGAAUGAUAUAUCUAAAUUCUAAUAUUAUUCAUUAAAUAUUGAAUAGAAUGAAAGUAAUUAAUAUUUAUAAUAACUUAGUUCCAUAUCUUUAGAUAAAUGAAUUUGAAAAUAUAACAAAUAUAAAUUUAUUUUAUUCAUUAGGAUAUUUCUCAUAAUAUUUACUUACAUAAUCAAAUUGUUAAAAUUAAGAAUACUUUUUAGAAUUUAUAGCCAGAAAUUUCAUAACAAUAAUUUCCUCCAAUUCUGUAUUAAAUUAAACAGUUAUUAAGAAUGGUUUAGAUUAAUUUAUGAGAGCAUAAUAAUCAACUAAAGUAUCCUUUUAUUUUACAUUGAUAUCCCUUUGUUUCGCUUUUAUAUUUUACUUACUACUCUUAAUUAUUAUAAAUAAAGCAAAAUUAAAGAUUGUGGAAUUAUUUAAUACUAUUUCAAAGGGUUAAAUAAAUUUUUUAAUAGAAUAAAUUUCAAUAAUUGGAAAUUUUCUUGAGAAAAUUGACUUUAUAAAUGAAGAAACUACUGAAUAAUAAUUUGAUCAAAUAAAAUCAAAAAUUGCUACAACUCCAGGAAUUAAAAUUAAGACUUCUCAAAAAAGAUUAUCGAUCAAAGCUAAAUACAAUAAAUCCUAAGAAAAUAGUAAAAGUAUUUUUUUAUUUUAGAUUCUUAGCUGCUUUUACUUAUUUCAUUUAUUCAUUAUUAUUAUUGUUUAGUUACUUUAUUAUUUCUUCAUAAUAUGUUGGUUCUCUAAUAUAUUAAAGUUCAUUUGAAUAGUAGACAAUAUAUUCUUUUGAAUAAUUACUUCUCUUCAAAUCUUCAUAAUCAUAUUUAUUAUAACAAAAGAGUUUUUAGAAGCUUUUAAUAAAAUAUUUACAAAUAAAUAAAGAAGACAUGCUUUUUCUAAAUAAAUGUAAUAUUACAAAUUUUAUAAAAUUAGUGGAAGAGGCAUUAUAAUACAUGGAAGAACAAUUUGACAUUCUGUAAGGAUUUAUUUAAAGAUUGAACGAUUAGAAAUCUUUUUCUAAUGCAAUUUUUACAAAUACUAUUAAGAAAAAUGGUUGUUAAGCCUUUUAAUUCAAAAUAGCAAAUAACAUUGAAGAUAGUUAAUUCUUUAAUGAAGUGAUUUGUAACAAUAUUGAUAGUUUAACAUCAGGAUUAACCAUUUCAUUAGUAGAAAUAUUACAAAACUUUUAAUAAUUUUAUACAAUUAACAAAUUAAAUGAUAUGGAAUUUAAAUCCUAUUUGUUUAAUAUGGAUAUUAAUUUAGAAAAUGAUAUCAUUAAUGUUAUUUAUACAUCUCAUGUAUUAACACUACUGCAUGAUUUUAUGGCUAAUGAAUAAUAAUAAGAAAUAUCUUUGAAUUAUUUAGUACAUACUCUCAGAUUCAUAUUUGGGAUCAUACUUUAUCUUAUUUUAAUUAUUAUAAGUGAUAAAAAUAUAAGAAUGUACUUACACAAAGAAUUAAUUAAAACUAAACAAUUAUUUUUAUUAAUACCAUUGGAAAUAUUGUGUGAGAAUGCAAAUGUCUUGUAAUAAUUGAUAAUAAGAAAUCAAAAAUGA